AUGUGGUUAUCUGUUCGCCGAGCGCUGGCAGCUGUUGCCAUCUCUCAGGCUACCUUGUGCCUUGCACUUCUCCCUAAACUACCACCUUAUACGAAGGAGAUCGCGCAACAAUCCAAAAGUCUUGUCAAUGCUGUUUAUUUCACUAACUGGGGCAUCUAUGGAAGGAACUUCCAGCCUCAAGAUCUUCCAGCCUCCGAGAUCACGCAAGUACUGUUUGCCUUCUUGAACGUCAAGCCUGACGGUACAGUGUACACAGGAGAUGCAUAUGCGGACUUAGAGAAGCAUUAUCAAGGAGAUCGUUGGGAUGACCAAGAAGAAAACGCGUAUGGAUGUGUGAAGCAGCUCUUCCUGUUGAAAAAAGCCCAUCGGCAUCUCAAAGUCAUCCUGUCCAUUGGCGGAUGGACUUGGUCAACCAACUUUCCGUCUGCAGCCGGCACUCGUGAAAACCGCAUCAGAUUCUCCAAGUCGGCUGUCACUUUGAUGAAAGACUGGGGAUUCGACGGAAUCGAUCUGGACUGGGAGUACCCCAACGAUGAAAACGAAGCCACCAACUUUGACCUACUACUACAGGCUGUUCGAGAUGAACUUGACUCGUAUGCCAGCCAAAAUGCACCCGGUCAUCGUUUCCUUCUUUCCAUUGCUGCACCCGCUGGCCCCGAAAAGUACAAAAAACUCCACCUUAACAAAAUCAGCAAUAUUGUUGAUCAGAUCAACAUUAUGGCUUACGACUACUCAGGGAGCUGGGACAGCGCCAGUGGCCACAAUGCGAACUUGUUUCCCUACAAGGCCAGCGCGAAUCCAUACAACUCUGACAAAGCCAUCAAUGACUACAUUGAUGCUGGUGUUCCGGCAGAAAAGAUCGUACUUGGUAUGCCUAUCUAUGGGCGCUCGUUUGAAGGAAACCUGGGCAUUGGCAAAUCCUUCAGUGAUGUUGGGCAAGGCUCUUGGGAAAGGGGCGUUUGGGACUACAAGGCGUUACCCAAGCCUGGCGCAGAGAUCAAGUACGAUGAAGAGGCCCAAGCUUACUAUAGCUACGAUUCUAUCAUGCAUGAGCUGAUCUCUUACGAUACACCAGAAGAGGUUGAGAAGAAGGUGGAUUACGUUCUAAAGCAUGGUCUAGGGGGGAGUAUGUUUUGGGAGGCCUCAGGAGAUAAGAAAGGCAACGAGUCGCUUAUUGGUACAAGCUACAACUGUCUGGGGACCUUGGACGAAUCCGAGAACUGGUUGAACUUCCCAGAUUCAAGAUAUGCAAACAUUGCUUUGGGAAUGCCUGGUCAGUGGGCACAAGUCUGA